AAUCAGCGCGCUGUCAAACAGUGUGAGUGGCGCGAAAGCGAGUAUAUACUGCCUCUGUGCGUCUCGCGCUCUCUCUGCUCCACGAACACGGAUCGUGCGCGCAGCUUCUAACUAGAGAGCGCGAGACCUGGUAGCGGAGAGACCUCGGGGCGGGAGAAAGGGAGUGUGCUGGUGUAUGUAGAAAAGAGAGAGAGAAAGAAAGAAAACGAGAGAGAGAGAGGUUGGAAAAAGACUACCACCUCUAUCCAUCAGCCGAGAAUCCUCGGGGAAGUCACUUCGAGCGCGCGAGCUGUCGGUGCGGCAUUUCUGCCCGUCCGAGCAAAUGGAUCAUUAAACAGCGCAGGAUGUGACUGAGGGACCCAGAAAAAACAAUAACAAAAUAAAGUAUUAUUUUUCGCUGCUCCAAUUACGCUGGUUAGUCACUUGUUUUUUCUUUCACCAGGGUUUUUGUUUUCUCUUUUCAUCAUUAAUGUGCGGAUGUUUCGGCGAACAGAUUCUAAGUGAUGUCAGGAGGAAAUGUCAUAAAUGCAGCUGAAUGAAUGAAAAGUUCAAAGAUUUUUCAUGGAUGGGGUCUAAUCUAAUGUCAAGCUGGUUGUGAAGGUGUUUGAUCUGGUCCCCUCGACCCCAGCCGGAGUCCCCAUGGCUGCUGGAGUGGCAGCCUGGCUCCCCUUUGCUCGGGCGGCGGCCAUAGGAUGGAUGCCCGUGGCCAACCUGCCCAUGCCCGUCGCACCGUCCAAUAAGAACAAGCAUCAGGACGAACUUAUUAUCCUCAACGUCAGUGGCCGACGCUUCCAGACCUGGCGCAACACGCUAGACCGUUACCCUGAUACACUCCUGGGGAGCUCCGAAAAAGAAUUCUUCUUCAAUGAGGAAACUAGGGAGUAUUUCUUUGACCGAGAUCCGGAUGUGUUCAGAAGUAUUCUUAACUUCUACCGCACAGGGAAGCUGCACUACCCACGCUACGAGUGCAUCUCUGCUUACGACGAGGAGCUGGCAUUCUUUGGAAUCAUUCCCGAAAUCAUCAGCGACUGCUGUUAUGAAGAGUACAAAGACCGCAAGAGGGAGAACGUGGAGCGUCUUAUGGAUGACCUUGAGGACAACAAAGACAGCAAACUCCCCAACAUGACUUUCCGCGAGACCAUGUGGAGGGCCUUUGAGAACCCACACACUAGCACCAUGGCGCUGGUUUUCUACUAUGUAACCGGAUUCUUCAUCGCCAUAUCUGUCAUCACCAACGUGGUUGAAACGGUUCCUUGCGGUUAUAUGCCGAACCAGAGAGACAUCCCUUGUGGUGAGCGCUACACAGAGGCGUUUUUCUGCAUGGACACAGCUUGCGUAAUGAUCUUUACGGUGGAGUAUCUGAUGCGACUGUUCGCGGCGCCCAGCAGGUACCGCUUCAUGAGAAGCGUGAUGAGUAUUAUCGAUGUGGUGGCCAUCUUGCCGUAUUACAUUGGGCUCGUCAUGACCAACAACGAGGACGUAAGCGGAGCUUUUGUCACGCUACGGGUGUUCCGCGUCUUCCGGAUCUUUAAAUUCUCCCGCCACUCCCAGGGUCUCCGGAUCCUUGGCUACACGCUGAAGAGCUGUGCAUCCGAGCUCGGUUUCCUCCUCUUCUCCCUCACCAUGGCCAUCAUCAUCUUUGCCACAGUCAUGUUCUACGCUGAGAAAGGCUCCUCGUCCAGCAAGUUCACCAGCAUCCCGGCCUCCUUCUGGUACACCAUUGUAACCAUGACAACACUAGGGUGA